UCCCGUCUCCUCUCGUCGUCACCAUUUAUUCCCUGCAGCGCCAUAGGAGGGGUCAGUGAUCAUCACUAGCUAAGCUAGCUUACAAAAGCAGUUAACUCUCGAGAGGAUUGCCGGAUAUCGAUCGAGCGAGGCCGACCCGACGCCGGCCAUGAGCGACCAGCCCCAGCCCGUCCGCACCGGCGACGUCUACCCGCCCUCCGCGUCUGCUCACGACGCGCGCCGCCAGCGCGACGAGGUCCUCGGCACCCAUGGUGGUGAUCAGCAGCAGAAUCAAGAUGGCGAUCUCCGGGUCACCGAGGCCGACGAACCACACGCCGGGAGACGCGUCGUCACCGCCACCGCCGGCGGCCAGGUGAUGGCGCAGUUCACGGUUCCCGUGCCGGGCGCCGGCGUGGAGGAGGCGACGGACGCGGUGACCAUCGGCGAAGCUCUGCAGGCCGCGGCGCAGACGUCGGCGGGGGACAGGCCGGUGGACCUCGCGGACGCGGCGGCGGUGCAGGCCGCCGAGACGCGCGCCACGGGGCUCGGCCGCGCCAUCCCCGGCGGCGUGGCGGCGGCGGCGCAGCAGGCCGCGGAGUCCAACAUGAGGCCCGGCCUUGCGGAGGAGGACAAGGUCCGGCUGAUGGACGUGCUGGGCAACGCCGCCGACGUGCUGCCGGCCAACAAGGUGGCCACGAGGGAGGACGCCGUUGCGGUGGCCACGGCUGCGGAGCGCAACGCCGCUGCGGGAGGAGGGGGAGGGGGAGGGGGCAAGGGCGUCGCCAACGCGGUGGCCGCGGCCGCCGAGAUGAACGAGAGGAGGAUGACGCGCCGGCGGCAGGCUUAGGACGUGCGUGCGUGCUGCGUGGCCGCCUUGUUGCACUACGUGGUUGUAAUCCGUGAUGUAAUCUCCAGCGUACUGCACGUUUUUUCAUCUGUAUUAUAUUACGUAUGUACAAGAUCCUCUA